CCUGGUCAUGGGAUCUAAGAAGAGGAAAGCCAGCGCCCUAACCGACCAGGCCGUGUCUUCUUCUUCCCGCCGCUCCCGGCGGCGGCGUCGCCACCGCAGAAAGGACCGUCCUACUUCGCGGCGAGAGCGGCGGCCAGAGUGGAGAGAUUGGGCGGCGCUACCUGGCAAUGUCCUGUGUGCGAUCCUCGGCCGUCUUCAGAUCGACAUCCUCUGCGGGACAGGUGCAGGGCUCGCGUGCGCGUCGUGGCGGCGCGCAGCCGUCGAGGAUCCGCUGCUCUGGCGGCGCAUCGACCUCGCUGACACCGACGGUGACAAGGAAAAAGAACCGCCAGCGUGGUGGAGGGCGAUGGCACGCACCGCCGUGGACCGGAGCGCCGGGCAGUGCGAGUCCUUCCGCGGCCGCGUCGACGGCGAUUUCAUGCUCUACCUUGCCAAGCGAGCGCCUUCGCUGAGGAGCCUCCGUGUGACACGCCUGUCUGUGGUGCCCGGCCAAAAACUCAUCGCGCAGGCGAUGGAGAAGCUCCCCAUGUUGGAGCAGCUCGUGGUGUCGAAUGGUUUGUUCGAGAAGCCCCUGUUGUGCGCCGUCCUCGACCACUGCCCACGUCUCCACCUGCUCGACGCCCGCGGCUGUAUCACCUUUACUACGACUGGCAAAAGGCUUGUGGCUAGGUGCGAGAGCAGGAUCAAGAAUCUCUGGCUGCCGCGGCUGCCGCGCGGUUGUUCUUGCUGCAGGCGAAGAGCUCAGAAAAUUGCCGACGAAGAAGAUAAAUGAAAUUAGGGCAGCAGAUUGAUAUGAUGCCAAGGCCCCAUUAAUAGUUAGUUUCGGUGUCAGUUUUGUUUCCAGAUACAUUAGCUAUUAUUUAGUUUAGCUGCUCUUUGCGUUUUCCAUAUAAACUGUA